UUAACCUCUAAGCAGAGACGAAGAAUCGGAGCUGAUUUGCCUGUGUGACCAAAUUGCUCUCUUCUUUAUUUCCUAUGCUUCUUCUUCCUUCAUCUUUUUUUCAAUUAGGGUUUUCUUCAAACCUCUUUUUUCUUCUUCGAACUCACCAGCCGGAAUCCUAGCCAUUCUGCGACAAGGUUCAUGCGAUGGACUUGUCUGAUGCUGUAAUAGUCAAAUCUAGUAGAUUGAAAUCUGUCGUAUGGAAUGAUUUUGAUAGGAUUAAAAAAGGCGAUACCUGUGUGGCUGUUUGUAGGCAUUGUAAAAAGAAACUGAGUGGAUCAAGUACCAGUGGAACAUCACACCUAAGGAACCAUUUAAUCAGGUGUCAGAGAAGGUCUAACCAUGGCAUAGCACAAUACAUUACAGCCAGAGAAAAGAGAAAAGAAGGGACUCUUGCAAUUGCAAAUUUCAAUGUAGAUCAAGAUCCAAACAAAGAUGAUGCCCUUAACCUUGUGAAUAUUAAAUUUGAGCAGACACAGUUGAAAGAUGACUCUGUCAACACUGGAACUAGCAACUUUGAUCAAAGACGGAGUCGAUUUGAUCUUGCUCGCAUGAUUAUUCUACAUGGAUAUCCAUUGGCUAUGGUUGAACAUGUUGGUUUCCGAGCUUUCGUGAAACAUCUACAGCCCUUGUUUGAGCUUGUGACGUUGAAUAGGGUUGAGGCUGAUUGUAUUGAGAUUUAUGAGAAAGAGAAAAAAAAGAUGAAUGAGAUGUUGGAUAAAUUGCCUGGAAAAAUCAGUCUUAGUGCUGAUGUCUGGACUGCUAUGGAUGACGCUGAGUAUUUGUGUUUGACAUCAAAUUACAUAGAUGAAUCAUGGCAGUUGAGAAGGAGGAUAUUAAAUUUUAUAAGGAUUGAUCCUUUUCAUACUGAAGACAUGCUUUCAGAAGCUAUCAUGACUUGUCUGAUGGAUUGGGAUAUUGACCGUAAAUUGUUCUCCAUGAUAUUGGAUAGUUGUUCUACCAGUGAUAACAUUGCUAUUAGAAUCAGUGAGAGACUUUUGCAAAACAGGUUUCUUUAUUGUAAUGGUCAAUUAUUUGACAUGCGCUGUGCCACAAAUGUUCUUAACGACAUGGUUCAGCAUGCUUUGGGAGCUGUAAGCGAAAUAGUCAAUAAGAUUCGAGAAACAAUUCAUUAUAUUAAAAGUUCACAAACUAUACUGGCAAAGUUCAAUGAGAUGGCUAAAGAAGUAGGGAUCCUGAGUCAAAAGUCUUUAUUACUAGAUAAUCCAUUGCAAUGGAAUUCCACAUAUUCAAUGCUUGAAGUUGCUUUAGAAUUCAGGGAUGUUUUUAUUCUUUUGCAAGAAAAUGAUACUGCCUACAAAAUCUGUUUAUCUGAUGUUGAGUGGGAGAGAAUUACUGCAGUUACCAGCUAUUUGAAGCUUUUUGUUGAGGUUGUAAAUGUUUUCACUAAGAGCAGGUAUCCAACUGCAAAUAUAUAUUUCCCUGAGCUGUGUGAUGUUAAGUUGCAUUUGAUUGAAUGGUGCAAGAAUUCAGAUGAGUAUAUCAGUUCUUUGGCGUCAAGAUUGAGGAGCAAGUUUGAUGAGUACUGGGAGAAAUGUAGCUUAGGGUUGGCGGUUGCAGCCAUGUUAGAUCCUAGAUUCAAGAUGAAGUUGGUAGAUUAUUAUUAUCCACAAAUCUAUGGUAGCACAUCUGCAGGUCGAAUUGAAGAGGUCUUUGAGGGCGUGAAGGCUCUAUACAAUAAACAUUCAAUAGGCUCCCCAUUAUCUCAUGAUCAAGGUUUGGCCUGGCAAGUUGGCAGCGGUCCACUUUGCUUACAAGGUUCUGCAAAGGACUCCAGGGAUAGACUGAUGGGGUUUGACAAAUUCCUCCAUGAAACUUCUGAGGGUGAAGGUGCUAAAUCAGAUCUAGAAAAGUACUUAGAAGAACCUCUCUUUCCACGGAAUGUUGAUUUCAGCAUAUUAAAUUGGUGGAGAGUUCACACUCCCAGGUAUCCUGUCUUAUCCAUGAUGGCACGGAAUAUUUUAGGAAUUCCAAUGUCAAAAGUUGCACCAGAGUUGGCAUUUAAUUAUAGCGGAAAAGUCCUUGAUCGUGAUUGGAGCUCACUUAAUCCUGCUACUGUCCAAGCUUUGGUGUGUUCACAAGAUUGGAUACGGAGUGAACUGGAAAAUUAGAAUUUGCUUUUCCCCUGCAUUCUAACUGUACAUGCCUAUUCUCCUCUUAGAAAUAUUUCCAUUGUAAGUUAGAUCUUCUAACUCCACAUUUCAAUUCUCAUGACAUUUUUGUAUGAAGGUUCUUU